GUUGUUCUUUCCAGAUACUGACCAAUGGCGGGAGAGCAGCCCCUGGCUGAGCCUGAGCUCCUAGCUGAGUCCUGCCCUUUGUGUGCUGAGCUCUGGCUGGGUCACUUUCACUACCAUGGAAUCCACGUUUAUUAGUUGACAUUAAAUCCAUCUCCUUCUCUCCGCAUCCAUCUAGGGUCUAUUUACCAUCUUUUUUAUUUGAUUGAUUUUUUUUUUAUUUUGCUGUGAGCCCAGGGUGACAGGAGGACACCAUGAAGCUGAUAGUAGGAAUUGGCGGGUGAGUGUGUGUAACAUGGGCAGGGUGUGUGGAUACUGUACUAACAGCUUACUGUACUCAGACACUGACUCAUGGGGAGCUGUCACUUUCACUGCUGCUGUACCCUGCCUGGGGCUCAGCAUACAACAUGCACACUCUCAUUUCAUUUAACAAGAGACACACAGGGCAACAGUUUUAUUAUCCAACUAUUGCUUUACAAAACUCUGCAUUUUAUGUCCCAUUGUACAGCGCUAUGGAAUGUAAUGGCGCUAUAUAAAUAAUAAAAUAAUAAUAAUGUCACCUCUUUGUUGUAGCUGUACUUCCUUCAUAUUGUACUGGGCACUCAGACUUUGUUCUUCCAUAUGUGUUUUGGUUAAUAGUUAUUGUGUCAGUAAGGAAACCUUGUGUAGGUACACUUGUUUCCUUCCUCCCUCCCGCCUUUCUGUUUUGAAUCUAUGUUUAGGGGUUAUUCACUAACCCAGGACAUUUGGAGAUCUGGCUAAGGAAUUGGAAAUUUUAGUUCAAAUACAUUCCAAUUCAUUUUAUUUUUCCAAUUCUUUCCUUCUUCUUUAUUUCUGCUGUUUCAUUUAUAAAAUAAAUGCUUCUCUGUGUGUGCAUAUAUCUAUCAAUAGGGAGAGUGUAUUGUGGCGCCCAAAAUUUUUAAAUAUUUGUUGUUGUUUUUUAUGGUAAUGAAUGAGUAAAGAUACAUAGCAGGUAAUUAUGGUGAAAAUGUCACCCUAGAGAGGUUGUGUGGAUGUUUAUAUGAUGCCUCAUAGUUAUGACUUAAUUUUCACAUUAUUUAUUCAAUAAUUAAAUUGCUUAACUUACAUUUUAUGUUACCUUUUGCAUAUAAGCAUAGUCCAUCAGGAAAGGUCCAAUUUAAUUAAACCGCUUUUUGCUUUAUGUAACAAUUCAUUACGUUAAUCUUAAAUAUGACUGAAUUUGUACAAACAAAACUCGCUUCCACCAUUUUGUUGUUUUAUGGUUUAUUUUUUUUUUCCUCCUCUUUUAGAUGUGUGUUGCAAUGCCAACAAACUUUCUAAUGUCUCGCAUUUCAUUAGUUUGUUUGAACAAGAGAAAGUCUAUAGUAUGCAGUAGGAUUUGAGGAUUCUAUCUAGACGCUUUCAAUAAGGAAACCAUUUCUUCUAAUCAGCAUUUUAAAAAUGUUUGUGGAUUUUUUUAUACUGUUUUGUUUUUACUAAAUUGUUUACAACAAUAUUUUGUGUAUGCUAUAAUACUAUCAUAACUAUUAAAACAAAAUACAAUUUAUUAUAAUUUUUUUAAAUCAUGUGAUAUAACAUCAGCUGCAUUAGUAUUUUCUGGGCCAAAUUUUAACUUUUUAUCUUUCUAAUUUAGAUUUAUGUGACAGCACCAACAGGAAUAUAUUAUUUUAUUAUUCGUAUGUCGGCAACAUAUUCUGUUGCAUUUUACAACAUAGAAUGGCGAUAAUUACAUAGUAGAUGACAUGCGGAAUUCUAAAAGACGAGGCGUAGAAAUCCCUGCUCAAACAAGCUUAUAAUCUAAGUAUUCUAGAGGGCAUAUUUAUUAAACACUGAAUUGUACAGCGCUGUGGAAUUUGUUGGCGCUAUAUAAAUUCUAAUAAUAAUUGUAGUGAAUUGAAAAUCUAAUGGCAAAAUUUAGGCAAGAAGAACUGAUUCGGACAAUUUCUCAAACUGUUAUUGGCAACACAUUUAUUUGAGCCUGAAUUUUGCUAUUCUAAUAGUUUCUUGCGUAAAUCCCUAAGAAUUAGAUUGUUUAUGUAACAUGUAUAUACAUUUGAAUACAUGUAGUGUAGGAGGUCUCCUUGCACAAUGAUAUAGAAUGUGAUGGAACAUUUUAGGUCAAAUAUAUUUCAGAGUUCAUUACGAAAGUUUGCUAUGAUGGGAAUUUAAGUGAAUAUAAAAUAUUGGGCCACAAUAGCUGAAAGGUAACCAAAUUUUCAGUUUUGUCUACUUUAUCCUAAACAUUUGAAUUCUCUUUCAAUAACUGACAGUUCACACUUUAGUAAAUAACUCUACGCAGACACAAGGAGAGAAUAUCUCUGGCUUGUUAAUCUAAAUUACAUUUGCACUGUUAUAGGACAUGUCAACUGUUGUGCCUGAUCCAUAUGAUGAUAUAAAUAUGCAUAUUAGAAUAGCAUCAAUGCAACUUGAGUUUAGUUUCAUUUUAUACUUGCAAGUAAAAGCUAAAUACUUUUAAUGUAUUUAAGAUCACUUCUGACUACUCUGUAUCUUUUGUAAUUAAACAGCAAGAAGUCAUUGCUUCUGAAAGUAAUUAAUGCUCAUUACUAUGGAUUAAAGGACCACUAUAGGCACCCAGACCACUUCCGCUCAAUGAAGUGGUUUGGGUGCCAGGACUAGUUCUAACCCUGCAGCUGAAAACAUAGCAGUUUCAAAGAAACUGCUAUGUUUACACUGCAGGGUUAAUCCAGCCUCUAGUGGCUGUCUCCCUGACAGCCACUAAAUGGGAAUUCUGCGAUUUACACUGAGAAACUCGCAGUUAUCUGACGCUGGACGUCUUCACGGAGUCCAGCAUCAUAUAAGAUCCCCAUGGGAGCUGACGUCGGCGGGUUAGGAGAGGUCACCAGCGCCGAGGGAGCCCGGCACUGGAUUAAGGUAAGUGGCUAAAGGGGUUUUAACCCCUUGAGUGCAAGAGCCUAUAGUGCUAGAAAAAUGGGUUUGUUUUCAUGGCACUAUAGGAUCCCUUUAACUGUCCGGGAAACUGGAUAUCAGGUUAAAAUGUUUUUGAAUGUUUGCCAAAACGCUCAUGACUAUACAAACAAGAAUUUUCCAUUCACUUUUUAAUCAACAUAAUACAUGCUGGUGAUAUAUAUCUUAAACUGCUGAGCUUUUACAUUGUUAAUUGACUUUGUUUUGUUUUCAUUUUUAUUUAGUGUUACCAAUGGUGGAAAAACUACACUAACCAACAGGCUUAUUUCAUCAUUGCCUAAUUGCUGUGUUGUGCAUCAAGAUGAUUUCUUUAAGGUAAGAAAUCUAUAUAUAGGGUUUGUUACUUAAUUCAACUUUAAAUGUGCAUACAAUGUGAUCAGUCGGGUGUUCACUGAGUACUUUUAUCUGGCUAUUGUCAUUUUUUUUUUUUUUAUUCCUAUGUUUUAUUCUUUGAUCUUCUGGGAGAAUCUAUAUAAGGUAGAUAGUGUGUGCUACAUUUUAAGGUUCAAUUCAAAAUCUCUGUGUACAUAUUUGUGUGAUGUCUACAAAAGUGGAAGUACUUUAAAAUUGCAGCCCAUUUCCAUUUGAUUUAUCUUGAAAAUAUAUCCAAGUCCUCAUUUUAGGCCUUUUUCUUUAAAUUCUAUAUUUUUAUUACUGGAAAAAUCAUUAAAAUGCAAACUAUGAAUAAGUUUGACAUUUUAUUAGAAUAUUAGUUAAAAGUGAAUUCAUAUUGUACAGUUUAUAUUUUGUGACAAAUUUGUAUAUCCAUUGUACAGCGCUGCACAAUUUGUUGGAGCUUUAUGAAUAAUAUCAUCAUCAUCAUCAUCACAGCAAAAUCACUGAUUUUAUAACAAGCUUAUUGUAGCAAAGUGUAGAUUAAUAGCAGAGGAAGGGAAAAAAAAAACCCUCCUUUUUAGCUUUUUAUAUAGAUCUUCUAAAAUAUUCCAGUUUAGGAAGUGAUGUUUUAGAAUAUCAAGACUUUAGUGUAUUUAAUUCAUGUUUAGGCAGUUGAAAUGAAUGCAUCAUGGCACGUAACAGUCUCAUAAAGAUAUGCUCAAUUUUCUAUUAACUGUCUGAGCUUGAAAUAGGUACUCCAGAAACGGAUCUAUUCAACAUGUGAAUGAGGGGUGAUUUAUUUUUAAAUGCAGGAGUGUGUUUUAUGAGAAUGGAUGCAUUUAGUUGUUUGCAGGAAUGCAGGGUUGUUUUUGUGUUCAGUGUCAGUGUUUGAAUGCAGAGGUACUUUUUUAUAAAUGAGGAUGCAAGUUUACACCGGUAUAUUCCUCUACAUUAACAUUCCAUCUGUAAUUCACGGAAUCUGUUGGCGCUAAAUGGCGAUAUGUCACAAGGUGCAAAGUUACAUCCUGUUACAUCAUAUGUCAUCAGUGUUUUAUCAGCUUGUACUUGUCAGCACUAUUAUUCUUUCCUAAACUUUAUCAAUUGGUUGUAACACAAGGGAGAACCAGACAUAGAGCAAGACAGGGGCUGUCCCUUGCCCACUCAGAAAUUCAAUUAAAUUAAUGGCACUAUUGGUGGGGAGAUCCUUCGAUUUGGAUGGAGACCAGUGCCUAGGGUCUAUAUAAUUGCAGAUUUUUAGUUUGUAAAUUUGAUUGGUCACUGUGCUGUUCAUGAUGCUGGAGGAUUACCUGUUGGCUACAAUUGGACUUGGGCUGCAUUUGCACUAUAUAUAAUUAUACCAGACUGUGCUAUGAAUAUUUGCUGUAUAUGUUUUAUAUGUUAAUGUUUGUUGCAUCCUCUUUUCUACUGACAAUUUCUUGAAAAAUUCCUAUACGCUCUGUCAUUGGUCAAAUCUGUGCCAUAUGGACAUAGCAUUUUUAUUUGUUUUGGUCAUUAUUUCAGCCCCAAGACGAGAUCGCAGUUGAAGAUGGAUUUAAGCAGUAUGAUGGUAAGCAGGUUCUCUUUCUUUAUUUCCUUCCUUCCUUCCUUCCCUUCUUCCUUCCUCUCCCUCGUGAAGGGAAAAGUUUUAUUGUCCCUUAAACUAGUAUUGCAUCGAAUCUUCUAUGGCCACCAUAAUGAUAUCUCUAUCCCCUGAACUUCUUUUUCAGUUAUCACUGCCUUGGAUAUGGACUCAAUGAUUGACACGAUUGAUGCUUGGAUAAAAAAUCCGGUAAAGUUUGAACGCUCUCAUGGCAUUAACAAUGUUUUGGACAGUGAGGAACCACAUAAACAUCAGGAAGAGGAUAACCAUAUCCUUAUAGUGGAAGGCUUCCUUCUCUAUACUUAUAGGUAGGUUUCCUUAAUUAUGUGCUGCUAUUUUAUCUUAUUAUCUUGUCUCUUAUAAGCUGGAUGUUUGAAACAAAGGCUGUAAUAAUUUGUUUAAUUAUAUGGCUUUUUUCCCCUCAUUCAAGUUAUGUGCACCUUGCAUUAUUAAAUAAUGCAUUACUUACUGUUCAGGGACCUCGUUUAGGGAUUGGGCGAACGUUGAUCUGACGAAUGAUUCACAAAUAAAACCUAACUUUCAAUCGUCUGUCCUUGAGAUUCGUGUUUUGUCUUUUUCUAAAUAUCAGUGUAAAAGAUGCACUCGAUGUUUGUCUGGGAUGUACAUAAAAAUUCUCUUAUUCAGUUCACACUUCAAUUUUCACACUUCUGUAUGUACAUUUGACAUUGAAAGUCUUGGCUAAAUAAGGACUGUCAAAGCAUUAUAUUUCCUAUGUACAGCAGUGAAUAAAUGUUUAUCCUUCAAUAGAAAAUAUAUUUAUAUCCUCAGAACUCCAUUGUUCUGGUCUUUGUGAUAUUACGGUUACCAUUUUUUUUUUUUUUUUGCAGACCACUAAUCGAUAUGUUCACCCAUCGCUACUUCCUUUCAAUACCCUACGAUGAAUGCAAGGCAAGAAGGAGGUAUAUAGAUAUUUAACAUUGUCUUUUAUGUUGCACAUACAAACUCCAAACACCAUGACCUUUUGUUAUUAUUGUUUUGGCACUUGGUCAAGUGUUGAGUAUAAAUAGUUUUACCCAACCAUAGACUGAACAUAUUAAAUGUCAAUGGCACCCUUCCCAUUAAUUGAUAUUGGCAUGCAAACCUGCCAAGUACAGAUGCAUUCUAUUUUAUAACUCCAAUGUAGUACCCAGGGCGUCUCUGCAGUCUUGAUAUUCUAAAACAGUAGUUACAUCUAAAGUAUUUGCUUGUUGCAGGAUAAUAUGGCUAAAAUAAAUACUGUACUUAUGUUAAAAUACUUUGGAAGCAAUAUACAAUGUGUUUAUCACCUCUCCUCCCCACCCUCUAACAUAGGGUUAAAACUCGCAUUUAUACUCGCUCUGCUCCCUUUGCUGAGAUCUUUAGAAUUGACAGUCCAGGCCAAGCCAAUGCACUGUGAGGUUAGUGUGCAUGCACAGCAAAACUCUGCACUGGCCAAGGAACAUCUCCUCUUGAUGUGUUGAAUCAGUGCAACUUUUUGGGGAGCUUUCAGCACCUCCAUGCAGCGUGUGAAGAUGCUGAACGUCAGUCCUGCACACUGUGCAGUUUGACCCAGGAAGUACUUCUAGUGGCUGUCUAACUGCCACUGGAGGCAGUAUUUACAUGAACAUGCCUGCAGGAACGGACUACUCACCAGAAGAGCUGUAGUUGUUCUGAUGACUAUGGUGUCUCUUUAAAUCCUUUCCUAUCAGCAACACUAGCAGAAUGUGAACAUAAAUCAUUUAUACAAUGUUGCUUAGUCAUUCUAGAACCUGACCUGAAAGAACAGGCUGUAUCUGUAGGGUGGAUGAUGUGCUAUCUCUAGACUUGUUGAACAAGAUCUUCUUUUUACUUAUCUCCCCUGGAGCACAAUUGUCCUAUUCUGUAGGGUGGAUGCGAUAUAUCAGCCACAAUGUCAAUUGUCUUUUUUUAUUUAUUUUUUAUUUUUUUGCUUUUUGCUAUCUAUUGAGCUACAUUUUAUUUUCAUCACGUUCUACUACAUUCAUUAUAUUGCUGUGGAACGCUGCUAUAUACUCAUGAACCAAACAUUGCUCAGUUAGCCUUUGUUUUGCAAUAUGUUUUUUAAUAAAGGUUUGAAUUUUAUUUCUGUUGAGCUAUGAAAGAUGUGUGUUAAACUGUGAUAGCUAUAGACUCCUCCUAAGUUACUGGAACUCUGUGCUACAAAACGAAGCAUAUUAACUGUUGAAUUGUAUUGCUGCACAAUUGUGUGAUACACCCGUGGGGGGAGGGGGGGUUAUUCUUAUUACUACUAACAUUUUAAUAGCGCCAACAUAUUCUGCAGCGCUUUAGUUUUAUAGAAAGUGAAACUGACUUAAAAAGUUAGCUAUGCUUCCAGUACUCUGGCCUAAAAUUUUUAAUUCACUUUAAAUACUCACAUUCGUAAAAACUGCUAGCACCCAGAAAAGAAUAACAAAGUGGGGCAAAUAAAUUAUGCAGGACAAAGACAUCAUCUCCCAUUGAGACACUCUGAUUGGAGCUGUGAUUAGAGGAAGUACAUACUCGCUCUGUACACACUGUAAAGGAAUCCUCUAACAAUAUCAUAUUAUUUAUGAAUAAAGCUGCAUUCACAUCUAUCUCUGAUAUAAACAACUGGGGUCACCGGUCUCCCCUGUAGUUAGAAAUAAAAAAAAAAGACUUAAGGGGACACUCCCGACUCUUGAAGCACCCUGCUGAAACGCUUUGUGUGAAGUGUGUCCUCUUUUUACAAAAAGUGCAGAUUUUAACAGAAAUAUACACUUUUAUAAAUUAACCUUGUUACACCCCUCCUCCAACUCCACCCCCCAUUCCCUCCGCCCUCCAGCUGUUACUUAGACAACUGAUUAUAUUACUUCCUGGUUUGUUUAGCUCUUUUGGAGCUAAACUCAAGAGGAGGAAAUUGUCCAGAGCACCAGCAUUAAUUCAAUUAUUGGAUAGCUAUAGAAAGUCCGGGCUGAGUUACAAGGGGAGUGUCUGUAAAGGCAGCAGACAAGAGAUCUGCAGCUUUUGAAAGCUGUUUUUUUUAUUAUUUUUUUUUUUUUUUAGGUAUACGCCCAGUGGGGGGGAGGGGAAUAAAAAUGAAUUGCAUGCAUGUUUUCAUUGUGGUAUAUCUACUAAACAGUGAUUUAUUUAUUUUGUACUUGGCCAAUAGAGUGUCCCUUUAAUAAUGCUGAUUACAGUUUACAAUUGAAACUCCAUAAAACACUAAAGGGUUUGACUCCUGUUUUUUUUUUUUCUUCUACAAAUGUACAGUUCUAGAAACUACACAGUUCCAGAUCCACCAGGACUUUUUGAUGGACAUGUCUGGCCGAUGUACAUUAAGCACAAGAACAUAAUGGAAGAGUUAAACGUUACUGUUGGUAAGUGGGUUGCAUUCACCUAUAUUGCUGCACUUUUCUGUUAAGUCAUGCACAUGACCUGCUUUUCGACAACCAAGCUAAAUAGUCGUCUUGUUUCUAGAACAACUGGAUGGAACAAAUACAAAAGAAAAAUUGUUCAACAGAGUGUAUGGAGACAUACUUAACAUGAUCAACUGCAAGGUAACACAUACUGUCCGUCAAGUAUCCCAUAAUAUUGCACCUUGUGAAAUGACUUGUAUAUCUUAUACUGGAUUAGAAUAGCUGAAACUGCAACUCUGAAUCCAUUUUUAUAAUCUUAAUGGAGCUGCUCUACCUCCAGUAUUUGAAGUAUGUUCUCAAAGCUAGAUAAUGCAAGUUAUAACAAUGGUUAGUACAUCUCUUAUCUAAAAAAAAGCUUCAAAUGUUAUUUGAGCAACAAUAUAUAGCACUGACGUAUACAAUAACAUAGAAAAAACAGUAUUUGACAGACAUUCUAAUGGCGAUGGAUAGAAGAGGUGAACGCGCCUCUGCUCAAACGAGCGUACAUUCUCUGUAGUUAUAUAUUUGUGGGAUUGUGCUGCUAUGUAAAAAUCUAACACCAUGUAAAUUCUAAUUAUGCUUGUUUAUAUUCAAACGGUAUUAUGUUUUGUUUUUAUUGCAGGAAUAAAUUGAAGGUGUUGCAGUUUUUACCACAGAAGAUGCCUUUUUAACUUAUAUAUUUGUAUUGCACAUGCUUCAUCUGCUGCAAUUUUUUUUAAAAUACUGAAAUGCAUUUUAAUAUAAAAUCUUUUAAGAAGCUGCUGUAAAUUAGAAGCACUCCACCCGAAUAAACGAUUACUUGAAUCACAUUCUGUUUCCUCCAUAUUAUUUGUAAAGGAACGUGCCAUGUUUCUCAAACUCCAUUGCUCCCAAGAAAGAGGGG